CAGCUCCUCGGAUUGCUGGCCAGUUAACUAAGUGGAUGGGUUCAAGCAACACUCUGCCGGCUGACCUCGAGGUCCGCUCUGUCUUUGAAGUCUACUCAUCUACCGGAUACAAGCCCUCCAACGCAUCCCAGUUCACCAUCCUCGCCGCAUUCUUCCUCUACAGGUCGCCCCCAUCGCCCUCGUCCGACACCGCCGAGAUCAAGAUAAUAUCGCUCGGAACUGGCACGAAAUGCCUGCCGACCUCGCAGCUACCUCUGCACGGUGAAGCAUUACACGACAGCCACGCCGAGAUUAUCGCACGUCGUGGCGCUAUCCGCUGGUUUCUUGAGGAAAUCCAGCGGAUGUCGCAGUCGGAUUCUGAAGAUUCCGAGUGGGUCUCGAAAGCAUCGGAAGGGACGUACACGCUCUGUGAAGGCGUUCACGUUGGGCUGUAUAUCUCGACUCUGCCUUGCGGAGACGCAUCGACCCGCUUCCUCGCCGCCGCACCACAAGACGCUGAGAUAGCCGCUCUGAAAGAGUCAGCGGUGCGCCCAGUCGUUGACCCGACCACCGCAGCACGCGGCCGGGAUAAUUACGCCCUCACAGGCGUACUGCGUACGAAGCCCGGACGCGCAGACGCUCCACCCACAAUGUCCAUGUCAUGCAGUGACAAGAUUGCUGCAUGGAGCGUUCUGGGCUUCCAAGGCGCGCUCGCGAGCCUUGUCCUGCCGAAGCCAAUACACAUAGACCACAUCGUGGUCGGCGAUGUACCCGAGGAUAUGCGUGACACCGUGCUAGAAGACUGCGAGCGCGCGCUUUGGAAGAGAGCUGGCCCAACUGCGCAUCGGCCAGUCAUCAGCUUUAUCUCGCUCGACUUCAUGCAUUCCCGGGCGGCAGUGUCCUCCGCUUUAGGGACGCCAUGCAACACUUCGUCUAAUGAAUCUCUCAGCUGGAUAGCGGACGCUGUUCCACCGUGCGAGAUCAUCGUGAACGGUACAAGACGCGGCGUACCUCCCAGACACCAACUACGCCCCAAAUCGAUACCCCGAAUAUCGCAAUUAGGCCUUUUCCGUGUGUUCUGCUCGUUGAGGCCCGUCCCGUACGCAUCGCUCGGCACGACCUACUACGAGAUUAAGAAUACUGCGCAAGAAUACACGCUCGCCAAGUCACAGCUGAUAGGCCCUCAGGGUGCUUUUGCCGGAUGGCAGCGAAGUGACCCUACGUUGCAAAAAUUUGACGCGGAAGGCAACAUCGUGAAAGAUGUUCACCAAGCGCAGUGCUCCCAAUCUGAUUUAUCUUGACGCUGGCUUCACGCUCGCCUACGCUAAUGCAUAACACCUCUCGUCCACCGUA